UUAUAAAUUUUACUACACCUUUUGGAUUUUAGGCUGUGGCUGGUGCAGAUGCUAGAGCAUGGCCAAGAAGGGAGGAGUGCAACAGUUGCAAGCGGAUCUGCAGAACAAUGAGGAUUUUGAAAAGUUCCUGGAACGUCCCGGCCUUUUGGUGCUCGACGUGUAUUCUGAGUGGUGUGGCCCCUGUCUGGGCAUGGUGGGCGGCCUGCGCAAGAUCAAGCUGGAGAUGGGUGGCGACAAUCUGCAGUUGGCCAUUUGUAAAUCGGAUUCCAUUACGGCCCUGAAGCGUUUCAACAAGAAGAGCGAACCCACAUGGCUAUUUGUAACCGGUGGCAGGGCAGUGAACAUCAUGUUUGGCACGGAUGUGCCCAAGCUGAUGUCCCUGCUCGGCAAAGAACUGGAAAAGACCAUGCAAAAGGCACCUCGGCUUGUCACCUAUGGCAUCGACGAGCUGCAGCCCAUCGAAGUGGAGCAACUACGCGUCAAAAACGAGUCCACGCAGCUUGUGGAGCGCAUUGAGCGCGAGGCCAAGGAGAAGAAGCAAUUGGAUUACCUCACCUAUGUGACGGACACCAUUCUCGAGAAUAUACCGGACAUUGGGGUCACAGUCUUUGGGCCGCAAGUCAAUCGUGAUAUGUUCAAGAAGCUGCAAGAGCCCGCCGAGCCACUCAAAAUGCAGUGCAAGGACCGAAAGGUCAUCCAAGUGUCGGCCGAACAGUUCGAUAUUGUGAACUUUGCCUGCAAGAAUCCACUGCCGCACGAUGUCAUCGAGCAGUUGGAUGGCAAGGAGCUGCUGAUGUGCUUCUGGAAGAUCGAUGAAACCAUCGGCUCGGUGCCCAAUGUCCUGGCGGCGUAUGCCCACGAGCUGACCAAAGAGCGGGUGGCGCCACCCAACGAAGAAUUCGAUGAGGAGCAUGUCAUUCCCCCCAUUAUAUCGCCCAUGAAGAUCAAGGUCGAGGUGGAACUGGAAGAGGGCGAAGAAUGGGUCGAGGAGAUAAGCUCCGAAGAGGAUGCCAAGAAGUACGCGGCCAAGCCAAAGGCCAAGUCCAUCAUCAAUUUCGCAGAGGAUGCCGUGGCAGUCGACGACGAGGGCGACGAUCUGGAUGGCGAAGAGGAAGGCAGCGAGGAGGAUCUUCCCGAGCUGGAUAUCAGGCAAUCCAUGGCCAAUUUGGGUAUAGACUUGGACCUGGAUCUGGAUCUGGACGACAGUGGCGAAGAGGAGGAGGAGUUCGUCGAGGAGGUGAUUGCCAAGCCACUGAUUCGCACCAGAACGGUGAAAAUGCCACCGGUGUGGGUGCCCAACAAUAGGCGAACGCAUGCCGCGCUCGUUUAUAUGUUCUUCCGGAGCCAGACGAGCGGCUUCUUGCCGCCAGAUCCCAAGCCGGAACCGCCCCAUGUCAUCAUGGCCUUCGAUGCUUCCAAGCGGCGGGAUAUUCUGAAUGUGGUGGAUCGCCACAAGUCGGAGGUGCCUGCCUAUGGCUUCUUCACCUCCGAUGAUCCGGAUGAGACCAGGCUGCUGGCCACCUCAACAGAUCGUUACGAUAACAGCGACGAAAUAUCUCCGAACGACAAGAUCGUGCUGAAGGUCACCAAGGUGCAGUCGAACAUGAUGCUCUCGCUGGUGUCGUAUGGACCCAGCUAUGUCAGUCCCAAUGUCACUGCCGGGCGGGAGGAGGGCCUCAAGUUCUUCUCGGAGAACUAUAAGCAGCAAGCGGAUGUACCAGAAAAAGAAGACGAUGACAAGAAGAAGAAACGAAAGGGCAAGAAGACUGAAGAAGAUCAAGUCCGGGAGUCGCGUGAUGUACCAGAGCCACCUCCAGCUAAGGCAGCGCCGCCCAAGGAAGAAGCACCACCACCACCACCACCCGAAGGCCCCGAAGGAGAAGCAGCACCAGGCGAAGCACCCACAGGCGAAGCACCCACAGGCGAAGCACCCACAGGCGAAGCACCCACAGGCGAAGCACCCACAGGCGAGACCGCAGCUCCGGCCGAGGGAGAGGCGGCUGCACCGCCAGCCGAGGGUGAGUCGGCUCCGGCUCCAGCUCCGGCAGAGGGCGAGGCCGUUGCUGCACCGGCGGAAGGGGCAGCACCUGCUGAAGCUGCGCCAGCAUCGGAAGCACCACAAGAAGCCCCCCCACCAGCGCCGGAAGCGGCCCCAGAGGCACCCAAAGAAGAAGCACCAUCGGCCCCGGAACCAGCACCUGAGGCGGCACCCGCACCAGAGGCCGUACCCGAGCCAGCUCCAGAGCCAGCUCCUGAGCCAACUGCAGAGCCCGAGGCGCCUGCAGAAGUUGCUGCAGCUGAAUAACAAAUUGUUGUUAAACUUAAAUUCUCUGUAUUAAAAUUAUCUGAUCUCAUAAAA